AUGAGAGAACUAAAAUUCCAUGAGCAAAAAUUACUUAAGAAGGUAGAUUUCCUUAACUGGAAGAAAGAUUCUAGUAUUAGAGAGAUCGCUGUACUCAGGAGAUAUCACGUUUAGAAUAGAGAGGACUACGCUAAAUAUAAUAAGAUUGUCGGUUAAAUAACCAAAUUAGUUGCCAAAUUGAAGACAUUGAAAUCAAGUGAUGAGUAUAGAAUGGCAUAGACUGAAGGAUUAGUUAAUAAGCUAUACGAAAUGGGUGUCAUCAAGUCUAGACAAGGAUUAAAAGAGUGUGAGAAAGUUAAUGUUGCUGCUUUCUGUAGAAGAAGACUGCCAGUCGUUUUAUAAAGACUUAAAAUGGCAGAAACUAUCAAAGAGGCAGUCAUGUAUAUUGAAUAAGGUCACAUUAAAGUGGGUGUGGAGACAGUGACUGAUCCGGCAUUUCAUGUUAAUAGAAACUUUGAGGAUUUGAUAACAUGGGUUAAGACUUCGUCUAUCAGAAAGAAGGUCCUUAAGUAUAAUGAUGACUAUGAUGAUUUUGAUUUGGUUGAAUGA